GCGCGGUGGGCGCGGAGCGGCGCGGCAGGCCGGGCGGGCGGCGGCAGCAGCCGAAGAGGCCGCGGCGGCGGGUCCGAGUGGCGGAGGCGGCAAGGGCGGCGGCGGCGGGGGGCCGGGUGGCCGGGGUCCCGGGCCCCGCAGGGGCGGCAGCGGCGGCGGCGGCAGGAUGAUCAAGCUGUUCUCGCUAAAGCAGCAGAAGAAGGAGGAGGAGUCGGCGGGCGGCACCAAGGGCAGCAGCAAGAAGGCGUCGGCGGCGCAGCUGCGGAUCCAGAAGGACAUAAACGAGCUGAAUCUGCCCAAGACGUGUGACAUCAGCUUCUCAGAUCCAGACGACCUCCUCAACUUCAAGCUGGUUAUCUGUCCUGAUGAGGGCUUCUACAAGAGCGGGAAGUUUGUGUUCAGUUUUAAGGUGGGCCAGGGUUACCCGCAUGACCCCCCCAAGGUGAAGUGUGAGACGAUGGUUUAUCACCCCAACAUUGACCUCGAGGGCAACGUCUGCCUCAACAUCCUCAGAGAGGACUGGAAGCCAGUCCUUACGAUAAACUCCAUAAUUUAUGGCCUGCAGUAUCUCUUCUUGGAGCCCAACCCUGAAGACCCACUGAACAAGGAAGCCGCCGAGGUCCUGCAGAACAACCGGAGGCUGUUUGAGCAGAACGUGCAGCGCUCCAUGCGGGGUGGCUAUAUCGGCUCCACCUACUUCGAGCGCUGCCUGAAAUAGGGCCGGCGCGUACCCACCCCUGCCAGGGCCACCAGCCCCGGCGUCCCCUGCAAAUAUUUAUUGGGGGCCACAGGUGGGGGGGGCAUGGGGCAGCCGGUGGGGGAAUCCCAUGCCCUGACCUGCCACCCCUCCCUGCCACCCGCUCCUAGUUUUUUUUUUUUUAAACCACCAUGUGAUUGAGGUCGGCGCUGCCUCCCCCGACCCGCUCAGCGAUGGGAAAUGAAUUGGCUUGUCUAGCCCCACGCUGGGUGCUAUCCAGCCCCCCUAAUCUGGGCUCUGGGGUGGGAGGCCAAGGGUGGCUGGGCACCCGGCACCCCACCCCUGCACCACUGGAGGUCCCGCCAGGCUAUUAAAGGGGAAUGUUACUGCA